AUGGGGCGCGCUGGCUUCCACCCUAUGGGUUUGCUGGUGGACCUCUCUCCGGAGGGGACGGCGGGGGACGACGCCGGGGACGAUGCCGCCGAGCUGGAGGCCGAGCUGCUGGCGCUGGUGGGAGGCCGAGCCGCACCGGGAGAGAAGCCCAAGGGGAAAACCCCUUUGCCGAUGGAGGCGAUUGAGAGGAUGGCCGCCCUCUGCAUGAAGGACCCGGAUGAGGAAGAGGAGGGGGAUGGUGACGAAGAGCUGGAAGAUGAAGACGAUCUCAUGGCCGAGCUGCAGGAGGUGCUGGGCGAAGGGGAAGGGAGCGGGGACGCGCCGGCGCCUCCCGCCAAGCCGCCCGCUGCCUCUGCGCCCAAGCCGCAGCCGCCCCCCGUUCUCCCGAAGCCCCAGGUCCUGCCCGUCAGCUCUCCGGAGACGAAACCAGCUCCUCCCUCGCCGUCUUCCCACCCAAGCAAGGGUUUGGCUCGUUAUUCCACUCCGGAACGGCUGUACCGUGCCGCUGACGGGGAAACCGGCAACGCCGCUCUCCUCUCCUCUUCCCCAGGCUCUGACCGUGCCGGUGCCGAGGCCCUGCUGCGGGGCCGGCAGCGGGAGUACAAGCUGGCAGCGCUGCACGCCAAGCAGCGCGGAGACCUGGAGAUGGCCACGAAGUACUACCGGGUCGCAAAGAGCUUUGACUCCCUGCUGGAAGCGGCAGGGAAGGGGCAGCUGGUGGAGCUGAGCAGCGUCCCGCCUCCUCCCGGCUCCGAGGGUUCUCUUUUCCCAGAGGCAGAGGAAUGUCGGAUUGACGGCGAGUUUUACCCCUGCACCUGUUCCUUCCAGACGCUGGAGAACAUGCUGGCCUCCGUCAAGAAGGGAAAAAAGAUCGACGAGGAGGAAAUCCCCCCUCCGGUGGCGCUGGGGAAGGCCCGGGACGGCCGGGAGUCUCGGCAGCAGAGGAUGGAGCGGAAAAAGUCGCCGGCGGCGCAGGCCAAGAGCAAGGGAGACGAGCGGAAGGCCCGGAUGCACGAGCGCAUCGUCAAGCAAUACCAGGACACCAUCCGGGCGCACAAAGCAGGGAAAACGGUGGAUUUCUCGGAGUUGCCCGUUCCGCCAGGCUUCCAGCCCAUCCAGGGCGCGGAGACGCCGGCCGGAGACCAAAGCAUCGCCGGAGUGCUGGAAACGGCCAUGAAGCUGGCCAGCCAGGAGGUCCAGGAGGAGGAGGACGGCGCUGAGGAGGCGAAGGUCGGGGAGCCUCCGGCACCUCCCCGCCAGCCGCCGCCACCUCCCAGCCCAAGCAGCCGCCCCCCCAAAACCAUGGCGAAAGCCCCCCGGGAGGCUCAGCCCCGCUCUCGCCCCGCAGCCCAGCAGCAGCUGGCGUUCCUGGAGGGCAGGAGGAGGCAGCUGAUGCAGGCCGCCCUCCGCGCCAAGCAGAAAAACGACAUCGAGGGGGCGAAGCUCUUCCUGCGCCAGGCCAAAGGGCUGGACCCCAUGAUCGAGGCCUCGCAGAACGGCCUGCCCGUCGAUAUAACCAAGGUCCCCGAAGCCCCCGUGAACAAGGAGGAUUUUGUGCUGGUGCAGCGGCGAGGGGUGCACAUCUCCCCCGAGGCAGCCAGCCAGUACCUGGAGCUGAUGAAGCUGAUCAGGCAGCAGCACGAGGUAGCGGGGCCCGAGGGAUGUAACCCCAAAACAGGGCGGCUUUGGCCGCGGCUGGGGAGAGAUCGAGAACGAGGGGGGCAGGACGCGGCGUGGGGCUGCGUGAAGUGCGCGGUGAAGGAGGGGAGACCCGGCGGGGUCUUCCUCGCUGUAGGUGUGGCUCCCAAUGACCUGGACGCCUUCGUGCGCUUCGAGUUCCCCUACCCCAACGCGGAGGAAGCUCAGAAAGACAAGACCAACGUCAUCAAAAACACCGAUUCUCCCGAGUUCAAGGAGCAGUUCAAGCUGUACAUGAACCGAGGGCACCGCGGGCUGCGGCGCGUCCUUCAGACCAAAGGCAUCAAGUUCGAAGUGGCGCACAAGGGGGGCCUCUUCAAGACCGACCGCGUCGUCGGCACGGCCCAGCUCAAGCUGGAGGCGCUGGAGACGACAUGCGAGGUUCGGGAGAUCAUCGAG